GCGAGAGAUGACCGCUGGCUGGCCGACGACGCGCGUCGCAAGAUCGUGGCGGCUGCGAGGUAAACAAACCCGUUCGCUCGCGCCCGCACGCCGCCCAAUUCUUUGAUCGGGAGUGGCCGCCCCGACCAACCGGACCGGCGCGCUAUGCUGGCCGCGACGACGCCGAGCCCGCCGAACGGCGGUGCGUACUCGCCACCGGCCGCAGCGUCAGCGAUCAGAAUGGACGGCUUCAGGACGAUGGACGACAUCGUCGAAGUGGACGCGGUGUCCGAGUCGCUAUCCUUCUCGCGCUGGGACAAGGCGGUGCUCGUCUUCUCCAUGCUGACCGCGAUCGGCGACGUCUUCGUCGACGCCUGGGUCGCUUACAAGUAUCUACAGCACGGCAAGUUGGUCUACUUCGCGCUGACGCUCGUGUUCAUUCUCGUGCCGUCGUGGAUCGUCACAUGGAUCAGCCUCAAGUGGUGCCUCAUUCAGACACGCCACCCCGAGUACAAUCAGUACAGGCAGCGGACGUGGCUGGCCGUUGUGCUUCAUGUCUUCCAGCUCGCCAUCGUGUACAGGUACCUGAGCGCAUUGAUCUUUGGCAUCAAGAGCCAAAAUAAGUCACGCACAAAGACAGACCGUCGCAUCUACUACCAGCUUAUGUUGUGGGAGGACAACGAUGCCUCCAUACUGCGUCUGGUGGAGUCCUUCCUCGAGUCGGUGCCACAGCUGAUGCUGCAAGUCUACGUUCUCACGACCACGCCAGAUCAUUUGCGGUCACUGGUGCUGGCGCAGGUGGUUUCAGUGGCGGUGGGCACGGCAUCGGUGGCCUGGGCGCUGGUGGCUUACGUACGGACGCUGCGCUUCUCGCUCGAGGACUCGCCUAAUGUCUCCUGGCUGGGCACGCUGGUCUGCUACUGCUGGCGUUUGAUGGUGCUCAUGCCCCGCCUGACAGCACUCACCCUGUUCUCGUCGGUGUUCCACUGGGUGCUCUUCAUCGUCUGUGGUGUUCGCUGGCUGCUCAUGUAUUCCUGGCUCAUAAAGUUCGUGCGCAUAGGCCAGUAUGACAGCAGGAGUGACAAGCUGUGCUUCAAGGCAGUGCUGGCAGCCGUGUACAUCUUUUGCUUUGUUGACUUGGCACCUGGCAACCGCCGGUUCCGUUACGCCUUCUUUUAUGCUUUCACCUUUGGUGAGAACGCCCUGCUGCUUGGGCUGUGGUACCACUACAAGCAGGGCAGCCACUGGUAUGAGACGGUUGCACUCCUGGGCAGCUUCUGCAGCUUCUGCAUGGGCAUGGUCUUCCUGGUCAUUUACUACCUCCUGCUGCACCCAAACGCUUCCAGCAUCGUGCAGCCCGAGAUGCGAGACGUGAACACCCGCUGCGGUUACACGUCCGAUGGGCUGGAGGACUCGCCGGCGGACACGCCAAGUGCGGAGCACAGGUCGCCGCCCCGUGUCCUUCUCGCUGACGUCGCUCCCAAUGGGGAGUCGUCGGAGGCGUCCCUCUACGAGAGCGGUGACUCGCCGUGCUCCGUUCCGGGCUUCAAAGUAACGGCCGUCUGACACAUGGCUGAGACCUCCGGAGGAGGAGGCGAUGGCUCUGCAAUGCCUGCAUACUUGCCACACGAUUCACGAGUUUGGGAGUCCAGUCAAGUGAGAAAGAACUUUGCAGACGUGCUCUGAAAUUGCGAGGGCACAAAGUGUGAUGUGGACUGCGGAGCAGAGGUUGUUGACUUGCCUGGAAAGCGAGACGCAGGUUAAAGAAAGCCUCAUGAAACAGGUGAGAGAUUACGAAAGCAAGUGGCUCCCUUGAGCAGGAUCUGUUGACAUUUGACAGUGAGAUUAUUGACUGCACUUUUGAAGGAGGCUAGCAUGGUUGCAGUUUGUAAUGGUUUGUGAAUCGAUAGGCCACUGAUAAUUUAUGCUGUGCAUAUAACUCAAGACUGGACAUAGAGCUGAGAAAAGUCAGGCUUGAAGGUUGCUAGCACAGAAGGGUAACGACACCUGCAAUGCCUUUGUCAUCAUUACAUGACUCUCAAGUUAGUACACAUGUCGCGCAGUUGUCUCACAGUCUUGCAAGCAUGGCUCAAACGUCAAGCCAGCUUUAUUGCAUUAUUUGAGCCACUGAAAGUGAUAUAGUCAAGAAAAUCGUGUUGAAUUGGCUAGACUGUCAUGAAUAAACUUAGAACUGCGCUCAGCUAUGAAGUUGUAGGGUUGUUGCAGGUAGUUGGGAAACUUUAGAAGCACUGCACACAACUUGUGAGACUGCUCAACCAGUUAGGUUAUGGGAAAGUUUGGUCAUGUGCGUGCCGAAAGUCAGCAGGUUAUGUUGGUUUGUUGGCUUACGGGAAAUUGAGUUGAUCAGUACUGUUACGAAAGCUUGUACACCUGACAUGCCACUUGUGGUGUCCAAAGCCAUCAUAAUGGGGCAAACAUGGUGUUCUUUCAUUCGCGGAAAAAAAGGCUCUGUGUGUUUUAACAACAGGGUGUUGAUAAUUGUAACAGAAUAUACCAACAAAGUUAGGCACAAGCCACAUGAAAGGAUAACCCUCUUAUGUGAUUUACGUCUAUUUCUUGAUGUACUUUAUGUUACAAGUAUGUCUCGCGCACUAUUGCAUGCACUAGGCCAUGAAAAAGCUUUACUUGGGUGUUAGUAGUAUUAAGAAUCCGCAAUGAUAUUUUGUUGAAAAACCUGAUUGAAUUUGGCUUUCUAGAGAAUUUCUCGUAGCCACUCAUUUGUUUCCAAGUCAUGGGCUAGCAUGAGCCGAAAUAAUCUUUUUAAAAAAAAAUCCCACUGAGAACACCUUGUUUAACUAUUGUGAACUUAUCUGUUUGUGUUAGUACCUGUGAUAUGUGUGACAGGGUUAGUUUCCAAGGUGACAAGUGUUUGAGUAACAGAGGCAGGAUUCUCUCUUUCCAGUGGGCAUCAGUUAUGCUUGUUCAACCCUGUGCAAGCGUGAGUGAUGCUGGUGCAUGCUGUACUUCGAAGGAACUGGCCGAGCUUUAUUAUGCGACGCUAGGGUUAUGACACUGGAAGGAUACCAGGGUGUAUGUCGUCUACUAGGCUAACAGGGCAAAACAUAUAGUAAACCAUUAACAGUUACCACUAGAAGUGACUGCUGGAUGAAGCUACUAAGGUGAACAUCGCUCUGACAUUUCCUACUCGCACAUCCAUCCAUCCUUUCAUUUGGCUGGUGGAAACUCUUGUGGUGCUCAUCAAUUGUGUAUCGUACUUUGAGUUGCGGUCACAAACAGCAGAAGUUUUCAUGGGUUCAGUGGGCGUGAUUCUAACUGCGACAGCCAUGCUGUAUGCUGGCCGUUUCUCCAAAUUUUUUAUGUGUAUCGUGCAGUGCAGAUUUUUGCCAGUCUUUACCAAAGUCAUACGUCCAGCUCCAGACUUAGUCGAAUGACAGCAUUAGAGUAAGUUAUGAGUGUAAAUAUUGUACUUGAAGUUGAAAUGACUGAUUUCAUUGAAAUGGCUAGGUUUUUUAAGCUUGAGAUGUCAAAGAUGCUCUUCCAGAACAUGGCAAGUGCGGUUAGAGAAACAAUUGAGCACUUGCUCAUGACCUUAGUUACUUCUGAUGUCGCAGCAAGCAGAAAGAGCUUGCAAAUCCUCAUGUUAAGUUCAUUUUAAGGAUCUGUCCAAGUUCAAAGCCUCGCAGAAUGCACCGAUAACGCUUUUGUGGAAGUCUAUGCAUAAGUAUGGUGUUCCUUUCAACUUGUGGACUUGCACAGGAUAACCUAAUUCCAAAAAGCGUCCAGCAAAUCUAACCUGCAUAAUUAUUUCUGGCGAUUAUGCAUGAUUGCCAACUGAUGACCUGUGAACUCUGACUUUCAAUAUUGCAGCAUUGUAGUUGGGCCUGAAAAGUUUACUUUGCAACUGCAGGAAAGUUAUGAGUUGCUUCAUUCGGUGUUCAAAAUGUCCCCUUAAUCAUCCAAGCACUCGCCAAACAGAGGUGUGGUGUGUUAUUCAUUUACCAUUUGGAACAAAAUGUACUCUUCUUAUUCAUAUGUCGCCAUAGCAAGAAUGUCACAAUUUUGUAAGGCUGCUCGAAAUAUUUUGUGAGCGAGCUGACUAGAACAAGGUGAUUUAUGCUGUGUCUACUUUUUUCCUUUAUGUCUCCUGAAACUAAGCUUUUAGCAUGGUUAUGUUAGAUUAAGUUAUGGUAAUUAGGUAAUUAAAUUGGUAAUUAGCGUUCACUUGCUCAGAGUGUAGAUUAAGAGCCAAAAGGUUGUUUUUGCAUGUGGUUGUGCUCCUAAAUAGGUAGCUACCCUUCACACAAUGGUAUUGUCCUAAAAUUUGAACUGUGAACUGGAGGUUAGUGCGUUGUGUGUUACUGUCUGUGUUUCGAGUGUGUCUUGUUGUCAAACAAAACCUUUGUGGUGCCUGGUCAUGAUGCCUUGGCAAACCAUGGUGGCAUUUGUCAUGCUUGACAUAGCGACCUGUGCUUUCAUCUUGGAGGUGCUAAGUAUAUAUUGUGCAUCCACUACCGAUGUGUUGAAACUCAAAUAUUUUUGUUCCACAAUCUUAUCUCAUAGCCCACAUCAUUUGGUUUUGGCGCCUAUGUUGUUUGUACAGAAAAAAAGAAAACAAAAAUAACAUCUGAACACAUGGCCAUUUAUAGACUGUUGGUGCUAUCUGCUGGCCAAGUGAGAUUGCUACUGGCGCUCCUUGUUUUGUUUAUCUGACGGAAGAUGUCAGCAACAAUCUGCUUGUCUCGCAGACUGCCCUUUUCCAACGGCUAUAUGCACAGACAGCUGUGGCUUUUUAAGGUCACUAACAGUUCAGUGUUCAUUGUAUGGUUAUCAGGUUAUCCCUGUGCUUGUGAUACCCUGGUCACGCACUCAUCUUCAGUGAUGAUUGAAAUCUAAGGCCAUUGAGAUCAUGUACGGUAACUUCAUUGGCUCCUUGGUACGGGAUUAUGAAAGGGAGCGAAUGGAGAUUACAGAUCUUAACGGUCUUUAAUUUCAAUGCUUAACAAGAAUGCAUGUGUGACCGCAGUGCAGUCUCACUGUAAUGAAUUUUCAAAUGUAACAAAGUAAAUGUAAAAUCUUUCUCGCUGAUAUCCACGUGUAAUGGACAUAUUCAGUGACAUUACAGGAUCAGGGGGUGAAACAGCUGUUCACUGUAAAUGGCUCUGUAAUCAGUAACAUUUGCACAGAUCGGUUGCGUUUCUUGUUUUGUCAGAAGAACCAGGCAAAUGCUAGCACUAAAUGCUCCAUGUAAGCUACAAAGUGAAAUUCUGCUGCAAACUUUGAGUGUCAGCAGAUCAGCAGUAAACACGAAACAUGCUUUGUUGGGAGAAAUACAAGGGUUCUAAUCAUGGAUUAUAGUGUGGUGAAAACAUUAAUAGUCUCAGAAAUCUGGCAGUAUUUGACCAUUCCACCCCGUGCUCACCAUACCAGAUGAAUGUUGUAUGCCUGUGUGAUGACUGUCUCUGAUCAAUAAAUAUAGGGAAUUUGAGAUUAUACACUUUUUGCUAACCAAGCUGUAUAGUAGUUGGCAGACAUCAGAAUUUACACGAAAAUUGCCAAUGUAGCUUUUACAUAGUAUUGCACUGGUUGCCUUUUAACAACCACCUGAAGGCCAUGUUGUAACUGCCAAAUCGAAGUCAGCCAGUACUCAAUGUAUAACAUUUUGCUAGAGACUUUGUACCUAGCUCCAGUUUAAAAGAAUACCUACUCAAAAUGUGCUGCAAAGUGCACUGCUUUCCCAAUCAGGUUUCUGUCUUGUAGGAGUGUCAUCAAAAAUUUUUUCAUAACAAGCACCACUGUAUAAUAGAAGAAUAGUAUCACGUCCUAAAACAUGAACAAAGUUAUCUUUUACUCAAAUAGCGACAACCUAACAGUGACCACAGUACCCUGUAUUUAAUACUGCAGCUAUCGCAAAACAGGCGAGUACCAGAAGCAACAGCAACAAAAAAUUUUGCCUAUAAGCAAGCAACCUACGAAAUGUUGAUUAACAGCAAUGCAUUUCACUGCAUAAUAUAAUUGGAUCAGUGAUUGUAGCACAAGUGCUAAGGAAGCUUGGUCUGUAAUAUCGUAUUGCCUUGGGUACCCUAUUUUUAAUAAUCCGAGACAGGCGUUGCAGGAACGCGCGGGUCUAUUCUCUUUCACUGGCCUACACCAGAUACACCUCCAAGGCUGUUUUCUCUUGUUUUCCUUUUCUUGACCUUGUUCUAACAUUUUUAUCCUAGACAGCGCAUGUCACUUUUGCAUGUGCGAUGUUUUCAAACCUUAUGUGUCACUUUUCAGCUCAUCAUUGCCUUCUACUGCCAUUUCUGUGCAUAAGUGAUGGUAAGCUUGCCUUUUGUAAGCUACCGUCACACAUUUUGACCUAGCGUGUCCUGGUGCAAAUAUUUUUGAGUGACGGGGUCUAUUGAUUGCUCCCUGUCGAUUGCAGACACGUUGUACUCCUUUCAUGGCAUGCUGAUUGUCGUUGAUCAAUUAUUUCUCAUUACUGUAGAACUUGAACAAAAGCCCUGGUUGUAUGCCUAAUGCCUAUUUCUGUGUACUAUUUGUCGCAAAGUUUCCUGGACUUAGUUGCUCACAGCCAAACUAAACAUGAACCAACAUACAGUGGCAAGGAUAUAGAACACAUUUCCGGCAUAUCUGCAGUGCGGCAUCGUCCAUUAGCUGCGUCUAUUUAUGCUGUUCAACAGCCACACUGCUAUGACAUCUGAAGUGUUUACCAUGAGGUGUGAAGUGUGUACCGUGCGUACCACUUUAAUCUCUAACUUACAUUGCACUGAUUCGGGUAAAUAUAACUGCGCAAUGAUCACGUAAUGUAAGAUAAGUGCACUGACACCUUGCUGAAGGUAUGUUCAACAUAGUUGCUGCUUUAUGCUUGCUCAUGAAGUAAUGUUGAGUGCAGUGGGCCAUAGAGUGGUAGGUAACAUCCAGCCAUGCCUGUCUUGGACUGGUGCAAUAACUCCCACAUGGACAUAGAACACUACAACACACAGCAAUGAACACCACCAACAAAAAAAAAAAAGUUCGAUUAUUGUUACUUGGUAUGGUGUGGUAUAGUAUGGUAUGGUAGCCUUGGGGUAUGCACUACCUUUCACCCACUGGUGCUGGUUGAUGUGAUGGAGAUAGGUGAUGAUGUCAACAGAUGAAGUGGGUAACCCACUUUAGUGCCUCAGUUCCUUUUGCAUGUUUUGCCACUGCAGGAAGAUCUUGAGAAUGUAGUGUCGGUGCCUAUGUUGGUGGCUCAGCCAACUACCAUAAUGCACCACAGUCACAUGACAUUCCCGACCGGACCCACAUGUAAGGCAGGCAGCUGCCAAAGUUGUAAGUGAUGAAGGCAUGGGAUGGGUUUAGCAGUUCUGAUGGAGGCAAUGAGUCUUGAGCCAUGGGUUUGCGGUUUUCCAAGAUUCUCACAAGAGACCUUGAAGUCUCGGUAACAUUGGAUCAGCCGCAUACCAGGAGUUGCACCACUGCCCCACGUCUUUACGACCAUUCUUGGCCAUAGGCAUUCUGGCCAGGAAGCUCUUGCGACAAAAAGUAUGUUUCAGUGCCGUUAUGAAGCGUUACCAUUUGUACGUCGAAUGUGUGGUGUGCUACUUUUAUCACCUGUUGUACUGAUGUUCCUUUUAAUGUGUUUUAUGUGUAGACCCAUUGGUGUUACGGAUGGAUUGUCAAUUUCACCUUCAUGCACGGAUUCUCGAGAUCCAUCUAGCGUUCUGUUUUCUGUUGAAUCUGGGAUAGCAUGGGUGAUGUGUCUUGUUGCACGUUUCUCAUCUUUUGUCAGGCUCAAGUUAAUGAGUUUCAAAGGGCAAAAAUCCUAUUUUUUGGCAUCCUGCUCUCAGUCACUGCCAAUAAGGCCUACAGGACAAAGUCAUGCUAAAGUAGGUAAUUAGAUUUUAUUGCUCAUGUUGUAUGUAUGCCGUUAGCACGGUAACAGUUUCCGAGUGCAAGAUGUUGCUACACUAAAGGAUGAUAGAAGAGAACACCUUACACAGCAAUGACUCGUACAUCAACAGCCACAUUUGACUUUAGCUAAUUAACAAUAUAUCUUCAUGGUUUGUUGUUUGUUCGUGGCAUACAAAUUUGUCAAUCAGUGUUACUGCUUGACUAGUUUAAGAAUGAUUGGGUACUGCAUAGCUGGCUCACACUUUGUAGACAAGAGUUAACAUGCUGAGUGAUCGUGUCUAAAGCGUUUGUUGUUAGGGUGUUUACCGCUUAGCUGUGAGGAGCCAUUACUGUUUAGAGUGUGCCAAACUUGGUUUGUCAUGACAGUGUCACAAAAAGUGCAUAAGUUGUUCUGGAGCCACCUGGCUUCCUUAUUCUCCUAGCUGUAAAAUGUGAUUGUACUGACAACUGUCAAAGGGACAGCUAUAGAGACUUAGCAACAGAGUUCAGUUGAAUUAGAUUCCUCCUUUUUUUAUAUAUAGCUGGGGUUGUAUCCCACUUGUCAUUCUGGCACAUGCAAAAGAAGUUUGUUCUUGCAUGCUUUUUUGCAUUGCAUUAAGAAAUAUGGCUGUAGUGCUCCGUCUUUGCUAAAAAUUUAUUUGCGAGAGUUUCGUUUUGCUAUGAUGUUACAUGAUGUGAAGCGAUAGCAGUGGUUGUAUAGUCAGCUUAAAGUGCAAGCAAGGUUGGAAAGAGGUUGGUGGUAUAGUGGGCAAUACCUAGGGAGUGUGCUAGUUGUAGGGUUCAAGCCAUCUCCGUGCAUUCAAACACAGAAUUAAACAUGUAUCUUUUAUGGUCCUGUGCGCCAUAUGUAGUUCUGAGGGGACAGGGUAUUUCAUUAUCUAUAAGCUCAGCACACAUAGGAUGAGGGCACAUGAAAACAACACACCAUAAGGUGCUGGUUACCACAUACAUACUGGUGUGUUAGUAGUUUGUUGCUCAUUAGGGUUAUGUGCAGGGUACUUACGAUGCGGAUGCCAGAUGAUGCUGCAUAACAUAUACUGUUAGCCUUAGUUACUUGCUGUUACGUGGAGGCACAGCACAUCUGGAAUGUGGACAAAUAAAGGAUGCACCAGAGGACUCUGGUUAACACUCACUAGUGAGCUUGUUGGUGCUUACCAUCUUGGACGUAGUUUCAUCAUGUUGCAGAAGCUCCAGGCAGUUUGUAACAUGGUGCGCCUUGGCACCCUAGGCUAAAUCUUCGCGUUUGCAUGGUUGCCAUGGCAAGUGAGCCCACCGCCGCAAACUUUCGUUCUGCUCCAGUGAAUAUCCCUUCGUCACUGUUUUCCCUCCAUGAUCACUUCCUAUUUCUCUUGUUCAUGUGAUGUUAUCUGGCUGCCUAUUUGUGUUGGUGCCACUUGCAGAAGUUUCUCCACCUGAAUAUUUAUUUCUCCAUGACAGUCUUCUGGCACUUGCUGUCAUAGCUUAUGCUUCAUGCGGAACCAAUUUGUAGGUUUUGACAAAGUUCUUGAAAAAUAGUUUCAAUUAAAUUUUUCGACCACUCGGAGAUUAGGGACAUAAAAUUUUUUGAAAAUGACAAUUUUCCUUAUUGCAAAUCUGAGUGUAAAAUUUGUUGUAGAUUAAAAAUGCGCACAUCAUGCCACUAUUUGUGAGCAACAUUUCCUGUGAAAAUCUGAAAAUACAAGACCUCUUUCUCAAAACCCUUGUUGGUACCCUGCUAUCAAAAGCCACUGGCUUCCUAUUAUCCAGCACUAAGCCGUCCAAAGGCUAGAUGAUUAUGUUAUCCAUUAACAAUGUUUUUAAUUAAGUGUGACAUAAUUGCCAUAAUGAUUCAUCUGUUUCCCUCUUAGGCAAAGGAGAGAGUUCUAAAAUGGUAUAAGAAUAGGAUGCAGGAACUUGCCUCAUUGCCUGCAUUAAAAAAUCUGUAAUGGAUUAUGAAACUGACUCAGACUAGUCCUGGCAGAUGCUGCAAAAAAUUAUUAGGAUGAGUAAGGCUCACUUUUGGUACUUGAGAGGUUAAGCGAUGUCCUGUGAAGGGUAUCUCACUGAACCUUUGUGUCUUGUUCUCUUUGUGAAAUAUUUAUUGGCUUGUAACCAUGCCAGUCAUUUAACACAGUAAGGUCUCUAACAAACUUUGUUCUUCUAGUCAUCUGUGAACAAUUGAUGCUUUCUUUUUCUUUUUUUUGCAAAUUGAAAGCAAAGAGGAGACGCAGAGUUUGCUUGCAACAAAUGCCCAUCUUUCCUUUUUUCUUUUUUUUCGUAAUAUUGUGUAGGCAUAAUACAUAUAUAUUGAUCAUGUUACUGAAGUAUGUGAUUUUCAUUGUGAGUUUGUGGUAGUUAUAUGUGGAGCAUAACAUUCUUUUAGUCAGCAAAUAGCUCUUCACUGGCUUACACAACAAUUCCUUCGCCUCUCUAUUAGUCCACCUUGUUGCAUGUUUCGUGUCAAAGCAACAAGCCUUUGCUCAUGUUUAGCUAUUUGCAUUUAAGCGUGCUGACAGUUUGUGGCUCAAUAUAGCUUGAUUGCAAAGCUCAUUAUUUACUCCAUAGACGCUGAGAGAUGCAUGUUCAAAGCAGUGCCGUGAGAGAGACCCAUAUGAGCUAAGAGACAUUCCUUUCAAUGCUUGCUUCUUUUAUUACAUCAUCUGUGAUUUCAUUACAUUCCAUUUGGUGAAGCAGAGUUGUUUUACAGACAGAUACAUUGGUCACUGUUUUGCUCAGGUAUAUCUCAGUUGUCUGCAUAGUCAUAUAUCGCCCACCUGCGAACUCCAUAAAAUGCGCCCUAAUUGACAAUUCACUACGUCUGUACAGCUGUUGAUUGCAAGUUUUGAAAGGUGCAUUUGGCUGCUGUGUUAGAGCAAGAAAGUUUGGUCUGAGCGGUGUAUGACGGAUCUCUGCAUUUCAGAGGCGGUUCAUGAAGCACUGGUAUACACUAGCACAUGCUUAUGUAGUCAUAAUGCACAACAUUCCAGUCAGGGUACUUGCGUUGGAGUGAAGUGGCAGUGUCCUUUUAUUAUUCGGAGGUAUGGUGCUUUGUUUACCUGCAUAGUUUUUAAGUGUGCCCGACCAGACACGCCAGUGGUUUCUUGCUGGAUUUAAUUAAAGAGAGAACACAAGACUGCAAAAAACAUGAAGUCGUUCCGUAAAAUUAACUCAGUGGGGGGAGUGGGGUGGCACGAACUAAGCUACCGAUCAGACCAAAAAGAGACUGAUCAUGUAUCCAUGCUCUUCUUUAAUUCUUAGUGUCGCACAAAAUUUAGGUUUCUACUCAGUUCUCUCCCCCACCCACUUUUUUUUAGACGCCUGUUGAUUGAGUAUUAUAUAGAAGGAUCAGCAUGUUGACACUGACUUUAGUCACUAAACCAUCAGGGUAUGCUUGGUAUUUGAGUUGAAUUCAAUAGCCACAUGCCAACUUUGACAUCUCUCACGAGCCGCGAGCAUUUGUGUGAGUGGAAUCCUGUGCUUCUUUAGCAUUUUGAUCGUACAUUUGCUACUGAACUGUACUUUGUUUCCUGUUUUCCUAUCAUCAUUAGUUCCUACUAUCUUUACACUUGCCGUGCUAAUAUUGUUGUGUAUCUUAUACUGUGUCGCGAUACUUUAUGUGUGUUGUUUUGAACGACGUGUAUUGUGUGCUGAGGAAUUAAUAAACCUGUUUAAUGAAUGA